AUGGCUAUACAUGGCUAUACAUGGCAAUACAUGGUAAUACAUGGUAAUACAUGGCAAUACAUGGCAAUACAUGGUAAUACAUGGCAAUACAUGGUAAUACAUGGCAAUACAUGGUAAUACAUAGAAUUACAUGGCAAUACAUGGCAAAACAAGGUAAUACAUGGCGAUACAUGGCAGCAUAUGGUAAUACAUGGCGAUACAUGGCAAUACUUAAGCAAUAGAAAACGUUUUCUGUCUCAGCAUAGCCUGAUAUAAACACGAGAGGGGUUGGGAGACCUGUUCGAGACAGUUAUGCAAACCCCAGACGAAGUCGAGGGUUUGCAUAACUGUCGAGAAUUCUCCCAAUCCCUCGAGUGUUAAUAUCAAGCUAUGCAAACACCGGAAAAAGUUUUCUAUUGCUUUUAUAAAGUAAAUUUCCUGAGAAAAAUCGUAAAACUCUUUGCUAUGGCACUGAUUAAAAGAGAAAUUCUUACCAGUCGCAAAGUUUUGUACACGAAGUCUUGCACGCGGAAUCAGUUCUUGUUUUGCAAAAAGAUACUUUCCAAGAUACGGAUUUUCUCGCUUAAAAUGUCAGCUUAAGCGAAAAAAAAGUUGACACAGCUUGUUUAUAAAGACUUUCCAAGUUUCAGCUGACAUAGGAAUGGGUAAAUAAAGUAAACUUGUCGAGUUUUGAUCGCUAAAACUCUUUCAAAUUCGUGCUUCCGAGAUUAGCGCGCGAAAAGCAGAACAUCUCACGUCAAAACCAUGUUUACAUACUCUCAUGCAAACACUCCUCUCAGCCAAUCAGAGCGCGCAUACUAUCUUAGUUAUUUUAUAGAUGGUAGUACAGGGCGAAACAUGGUAGCACAUGGCAGAACAUGGUAAUACAUGGCGAUACAUGGCAGCACAUGGUAAUACAUGGCGACAUGGCAGCACAUGGUAAUACAGGUGAUAAUAGGAAAUACAUAGAGGAUAUUACACGGUGGCGAGAAGAUAUGAAUUUUAUGUUCGAGUGGCAAGAACAAUAUCUCAUAUAUUGUUCUUGCCACGAGAACACAAAAUUCAUAUCUUCGAGCCAACGUGUAAUGUUCUUUUUAUUAUAUGGAGAAACCAAUUCAACAAAAGCAAAAGGCGGGAAUCGUGACGUCAUUGAACGAUACGACACUCACAAAGGUGACAUACGGAAAAUACGCCACUCGGGUCCCGGAUGAAGUGGCGUAUGGAAUCUACGAGUGGUUUAGUUCCCAGUAAAACACUCUCCUCCAUAUAAUAAAUAGCAAUACAUGGCUAUACAUGGUAAUACAUGGCAAUACAUGGCAUUACAUGGCUAUACAUGGAAAUACAUGGCAUUACAUGGCUAUACAUGGCAUUACAUGGCGAUACAUGGUAAUACAUGGCAAUACAUGGCUAUACAUGCCAUUACAUGGCUAUACAUGGUAAUACACGGCUAUACAUAGCAGACAUGGUAAUACAUAGUAAUACAUGACAAUACAUGGCUAUACAUAGCCUGCGUAGCUGGCGGCAUUGUGUAGUAGUCGAGCGAGAUUUGGCGGCGGAGCCGUCAAGAGCGGCGAAGCUGCGAGAAAUACCGCCUGCCAGAGAACCAUGAUUUUUCGAAUGCCGCCCACUUUUGUCCCCCUAGCUGAUCCCAAUUAAAUCAGCCAAUCAAAGAGAAACCUGCAAUUUGAAACUUCCGAUUAUUUUCGCGCGAGACAGUUUAGAAAUAAGCGUUGACAGGCUAAACACCACUCCUAAGCUCGUGAUAAUGUGAAAUGUGACCUUGUGAGUUUGCUUGAACAGAGGUUUUUCUUUUUCCCGGCUCUCGCGCGAAGGUUACCAGCACUACACAGUGCUAAACUUUGACUGAGUAUUUUGCCACACUAGGCUUAACAUUAAAAGGUCAGGAAGCUGGUUUGUUACAUGCAUACUGAGUAACCAUUUCCUGUGGUUUAUUCUUCUGUAGGUGUUCCUGAUAGAAUUUGAUCUCAGAUGCAGUUGUAAAGUGUUUUAAUUUUCUUUGACCUUUGUUUCUUACGGCUAAAUAAAGACAAUUCCAGCGCUGUGAACUUUAAAGAUGCCAUUUCGGCAAUUUGGUUAUCAAUUAUGCUCUUUUUAAAGGGGAAACCACAAUCUCUUACGUCUUUCAGUUUGCCAUCUGCUCCCUUAAUUGGGAAAUAUAUGCCAAGGAUCAUCUAACAUGAUUGACAUACGUAUGGCCCUAGACCAAUCCGUUUCUCCGCACACUGGUGUGCGGACUAUUCAAAAUACCGGGGUUUUCUGGCGGGCGGUAUUUCAACCGCCUCGUCCCUAUUCCCUUUUUUUGGAACACGGCUCCGCCGCCAAAACUUUAAUCUCCCACCCACACAAUACCGCCAGCUACGCAGGCUAGGCUAUUCAUGGCAUUACAUGGCUAUACAUGGCAUUACAUGGCUAUACAUGGCUUUACAAGGCAAUACAUGGACAUACACCGCGAUAAAUGGGUAUACAUGGUAAUACAUAGUAAUACAUGGCAAUACAUGACUCUACAUGGCAUCACAUGGCUAUACAUGGCAAAACAUGGCUAUACAUGGCAAUACAUAGCUAUACCUGGCAUUACACAGCUAUACAUGGCUAUACAUGGCAAUACA